UCGGAAAUGACAUGGCAUCGAAAAAUGGCGUCGAUUCUUAACGUCAUUUUUAGAAAUGCUGAUAUCGUGCUACAUAAUGGCGAAACCUCAUGCCAGGCUACGAAACAUUCCCGAAACAUCAACAGCAGGCUUUGUGAGGAUGCGGAUAAUAAAAAGCCUCUGAUGGGAAGAAAAAUUGACCUUUUGCUCAAUUCAGUCUCGGUCGAUAUCUCCUCUUCCGAAUGGAAAAAGGCGAACGUAUCGGCUGCAACAGGAGAACAACAGCAAGCAAAAAACUGUCGGACCAACAGUGCCAUCUUGCAUCAGCUAUUGGAUUUGCCUAUUAAAACUAUAAACUUGCAGGAAACAUUUGUUGUGGGCAUGGAUUGGAUAGGUAUGUGCUAUGACAAAACUUAA